CGGGGAUAUUGGUGAUUAGGUUGACUUCUCCAGGAUAGGUCAAGCAAACAAUCAACCACGGUUACCAAUAUUAACAACGAUGACUAAAGGUGCUCCCUCAGGUUUAAAACUAGAGCCAGUCCCUUCUGAACGAUUCAAUCCAGCUUCCAUGCCUACACGGACUUCCCACAGCACACAAUCUCCCAAGCCCCUCAACACUGCCUCCACACUUUCACACCUCAACCGUGCGCACUCAACAAUGAUGGUGGACACCGUACCCGCUCAAGGACUGUCGAAUGCCGACACUUUCCUCGCUUCCCUCAACGAAGUCGAAUGCACAAUAUGCGAAGAACCAUUCGACCUGGCUCACGCGCCUGUUAUCAUCCGGGGGUGUUGGCAUGUUCUCGGCUUGCACUGCUUGAGGGCGUGGGUACGAUCCGACAACCGUGGACAUAAUCGUUGUCCCACGUGUCGCGCGGUACUUUUCGAUGAUGGACUGCCGUUGAUAGAGGAAGAAGAGGACCAGGCUGAAGCAACAAGAGCUGGGAUAAGAAGUGUCCACAGUCCGGACCGUGGUACUGCUGUGCAUUAUUUCACCGAUGCACAGAAUAUAGCUGCUGCUCAGCAUAUUGGGUACGACUUUUCCAUGCCGCUCAUGCCAUUCCCGAACUUUCCUGCUGCCGACAGGGACCACGGGAUGAAUCUCGAUAACCACACCGACGAUGUCCAACAACUUGGCCUACGGCAAACACUGGUGCAUAGGCAGGCACCUCUGAGUCGAGGUCAGCAGGCUCGUCAACAACGAAGACGAGCCGGCGACGCCCAACGACGUCUGCAAGAGCGGCAGCAAUAUCGCGCAAUGCAGGAACAUGCACAAGAGGUGCUUCCAGACUCACCGUACGAACAACCAUGGAUGACGAUGGGCCACGAUAGUGGGCCUCUCCGAUACCGUCGCGCAGGAGAUCAAGAUAUAAAAUACCUAUCGCCACCGCGCCGUUCCGCUCCUCAAGCCACCCACCUCCCGUCUCUCCCAGACGGUCUUCCCCUGAACAGCUACCUCACCACAGCUCACUGCGGGAUCCGCGGCUGGGUAUCCGCUAUGCUGCUCGGGGAGUGGCCAUAUCAGUACCCACCUAACCUGUCGCCACCAGCCGCUGAGUACGUUCAGGAAUUGAACGAACGGGGCAACCCCCAGCUCUCACCGCACAUGCGGGAGUUUGAUGUAGAGAGGCGCAGGGAGUUUCUUGCCAUGGGCAGGAGGCGCUUUCCAGCUGAAAACCCCAUCCUAUCAACUGACGAGGAAUCGGAGGGGUAUGAGGGCAAUUCGACCUUUUGAUUUACGCCAGGGACGUCGAAGUGAUUGGAUAUCUCGGUUGGUCUGCUGAAUAGAGUCAGGUUGGGUAUGAUACUAGAUACUGAAGUAUCGAUACCGGCUUCUGAGGUCGUCCUAUAAUUACAUAGCUGG